AUGUCCGACUAUGCUCCCGGCUCAUCUUCUACCUCAAAACUUGUUGAGUCUACCAGGGAACUAGUGGAUGCGGCCCUGGAACCAUCUUCCAGAAAGGCUUAUGAUAAAGCUUUCCAUAACUUCUCUUCAUUUCAGACGGCCACGAUAGGUCUCCCUUCCCCCUGCUUCCCGGCCACGAUUGCCGACAUACUUCUGUAUAUUUCCCACCUCCGAGAUAAGAAUCUCUCCCCCAACACAAUUGUGUCAGAAAUCUCAAAAUUGAGCUAUUUUCACAAACUGGCCGGCCACUUUGACCCCACCAAUGCCUUCAUUGUGAAGAAACAACUCAUAGGUGUACACAAAUUAAAUCCAUCCGCCGAUUCCAGACUGCCCAUCACGGUGGGGGUACUCCUAAAACUUGUUAGAGCUUUGGAACUCACCCUUUCCAAUUCCUACACCAUGUCACUCUUCAGGGCAAUGUACCUCACAGCCUUUCACGGGUUUUUAUGUAUAGGCGAGAUGACAGCUAGGGGAUCGGGGGCCCCCAACCCCUCCCUCUCCCGGGAAAACGUAAAGUUCUUUUUGAAUCAUGAUGGGGAACAGUCAGUCGAAUUAGUAAUUUCAAACUACAAGCAUAACACUAAAGGCUCUCCUUUUUCCAUUGUUAUUGGCCCUCAACGCAAUCCCUUGUGCGGGGUAAGUGCCUUAGAUCACUACAUCAAGCUGAGGGGGGACACACCAGGCCCACUUUUCUGUCACCCGAACUUCACACCCAUUCAUCGGGACGUCUUCAACAAACAGCUGACGAGGGAUCUUCGAUUCUGUCACUUGGACCCUACGCGCUUUAAAGGACACAGUUUCAGAAUAGGAGCCGCUUCCCUGGCGGUGCAGAAUAACCUGUCGGACGCUCAGAUAAGACGGCUUGGUCGUUGGAACUCGGACUCUUUCAAGAAAUACAUCCGCACUCCAACACUAUGGUCAAGCCAAGCAACUGGACAAUUUGAAUAG